GGGGCGCGGGCCGCGGGGAAUGUCAAAUCGAAUUAUGUCCCGCAGCUACGAUUCGCGUUAAUUUAAAUUUAAAAAAGGCUUUUUCCUAAACUAAUUACACAGCCAUUUCUAUUUCCACUGGGCGACGCUCCGCAAUUUAAAUAAUAAUUUAUUUGCUGCCAUUUUAAAAUGAAGCGUCGGAAGGCAUCUAUUUUCGUUCAACCCAGUUGGUUUUAAUAUUGUUUUGGUGUCGAAAUAUACGCAGCGUUUUUUUUCAUUCCCUCGUCAGCGGUGCGUGGAGUUGCGAAAAACAUUUCCGUUGAACGGACGGUCGCUUUAAAAACUAAAACUAUGUCAUAAUGAAACUGUCUAUAUUAUGAUGAAUAACACAUCGGAAUAAAAAACAAUCUGGUAUAUUUCAGCAGUGAAAUAUUAGUGGUUUAUAACUUAAAAGCAGUCGUCGUAUAUAAAUAGAUAUAUGUAACAUUAUAUCGAUAUGAUUAGCUUAUAAACUAACUUAGAAUACCAGUUAGUAAUUUAGAACAACUGUGUGUAGUGAAGUUCAUUACUGAACUGACCUUUCCUUUGUGCUCUAGAGUAACUUAACACCAGUGAAAGUUCCGUAGUGUACGAAACCACGGCUCAAAAUACUGUAAUUUUAUAGUAUAGAAGUAAUUAAAUGUGGGAGUUAUCAUGAGGCGUGUGUUUGGAGUUUGCUCGGACGGCUGGAUUCUCUGUGGUCACAAUGUGAGCAGCUAGUGCCUGGCCCAUCUUUGUUGUCUGGCUCCCCUCACGGCUCGGUGAUGUCGUGCCAGUCGCUGGCGGCGCGCGCGUUCGCCGAGCCCGAGAAGGAGUCGCACUGCGCCCGCGCCGCCACACACAGAACCGUACGCUUCAGCUCGGACCCUCGCAGCCAGAACAGGACCACGAGCGAGUCAGAAUGCAAGAGAGAAACACCCGGUUCGAUGUCCCUGAGCACGUUGUCCAUGUCUCCAGCCAUGAGCCAGUCGGCGCCGAGCGCCGCGGCCGCCUUCCACAUGGACGACCAGCCGCCCACGUGUCGUUUCCCCAAGUUAGAGGAGUGCGCUCACUUCCACUACGAGCGAGUGAGUCUGGGGGGAAUCAGCGUGGAGCUGGUGCCGUGUGACUUCAGCGGGGACUCUCCCGGAGAAGGUUGGGUGUGUCUGAAGGUCAGCAGCCACGUGAAUUCCUGCGAGGAGGACGCGGCCGGCGCCGGAGACGACACCUGGACGCUGACCAGAAACAGGGAACACUUCCUACAGCUGGACGACAUGCUGCACAGGUGUAUAUAUGACAGGAAGGUGUCGGGCCUGCCGUGUCUCUCGUCAGCGCUGUCCUCGUCCCUGGACGAGCAGGCGUACUCCCGGCUGGUGGCGGACUACGUCCAUCACCUGUCCAUCAUAGCCGACGACUCCAUCAACUGCGGCCCGGCACUCAACUGGCUUCAGAUGGACAAUAAAGGUCACAAACUGCUGGUGGCCAACGAGGACUCCAGCUCAAUUAACACUCCAGCUGUAGCGGCGGCGUACUCCGUGAGGAAAUAUGUGUCCCAGGCUCGGGAUGAGAUCAGCUUCGAUGUGGGUGACAUGAUCUCGAUAAUCGACAUGCCAGGUCCCCAGGAGUCCCUUUGGUGGCGCGGCAAGCGUGGGUUCCGCGUGGGUUUCUUCCCUCACCACUGUGUGGCCGUCAUCGGAGACAAGGUCCCGCGGCACAUGACGCAGCCUCCGCCCAUCGUGGGGUCUGUGGCUGUGGCACCCAUAAAACCGGUCCUCCGCAAGCACGGGAAGCUGAUAUCCCUGUUCCGGAGCUUCAUCCUGUCCAGACCUUCGCGGCGGAGUCUCAAGCAGCAGGGCAUCCUGCGGGAGAGGGUGUUCGGCUGCGACCUGGGAGAGCACCUCACGAACUGCGGACACGACGGUCCCUUCCCUGGUCCAGUCCCUCAGGUGUUGGUGGAGUGUUCGCGGGCCAUCGAGCAGCGCGGCGCAGUGGAUGGCAUCUACCGUCUGUCGGGGGGCGCGGCCCUGACCCAGCGGCUGAGGGCCGCCUUCGACGCGGGCCUCGCCGCGGACCUGCGGGCCCCACUCCAGAGAGACCCGCACGCGCUGGCCAGCCUCCUCAAAAUGUACUUCAGGGAGCUGCCCAACCCUCUGUGCACGUACCAGCUGUACGACAGCUUCGUGUCGGCCGUCACCGCCCCGGAGCAGCUGCGACUGAAGGCGGUGAGGGACACCGUGGUCAAACUCCCGCCGCCCCACUACAGGACGUUGUCGUACCUCAUGCGUCACUUGCGGCGCGUGUCCCUGCUGAGCGAGUCCACGGGCAUGACGGCCAGGAACAUGGCCAUUGUGUGGGCGCCCAACCUGCUGAGGUCGCCGGCGCCGCAGCACGCGCUGCAGGGGGUCGCCGUGCAGGCGGUGGUGACCGAGUUCCUGAUAUGCUACGCCGAGGAGUUGUUCUCCAAGGAGCAGGGAGCUGACUCCGGACCGCCCUCCAUAAGUCAGGAGAGUCAAGAAUCUCAAAUAGAACUGCGGGGCCUGGAGGCCGGCAGACGACCCAAGAGUCUACCUUUGAACCCGCCCACUAAGUUGCUGAGCCUGGAGGAGGCCCGGCGCCGCGGUCGACCUGCUCGGACCUCUCCCCCCGCCGACCACGUGCGCCUCUCCACACCCGACACCAUGGCGCUCCGGCCCGCCUCACACCUCACGCCCAAAUAUAUAGAGGUCGGCUCCGGCCCCAACAACCUGCCGCAGUACCACACAGUGCUGGAGCUGCCGGGGCCCGGGAACAAGAGACUCAAGCGGUCCCCGUCCGGCUGGAGGGGGCUGUUCACCAGGAAGAGGAGCUCGCGGCCUCCGCUCAUACCGCAUGUAAUGGAGCCGUCAGCGACAGCGCUGAGGCCGGCCGUCUCGUGCGAGUCUCUCAGCGAGGGCGAGGCGGCUCCUCCCCCGCGACCUCCACACCACACCAGGUCAUCGUCGUGUGACUCGUACUUCGAGCCGUGGCAGGCGGAGCUCGCCACCAUGAGGCUGAGACUGUCCCCGCAGGAGAGGGACCGGCACAUGUUCAGCGAGGAGGACGACGCGCACGCGCAGCACGGCGCCGCGGAGGACUCCCUCAACACCACGCCGGGGAACAGCGCGGUGGGCAGCGCCGCGGACACGCCGAGACGGACGAGAGACGACAACACGGAGCGGAAGAGGGUGUCCCUGGAACAGCUGGAGCGGCGCGUGGCCAGACUCGGCUACAUCGACAGCGACGAGCCCGGGGACAACACGCGCGCCAAGAGAUUGUGCAAGGACCGAGACAGUCCGCAGUCUUCAGGCCUAGAGCUGCCGGCCCUGACUAACGUUAAGAUGAGAGAGAGAACCUCCCCGAGGAAACAGAAACCCUCGGCUCGAUACAGCGGUCUCCAGCAGCCCGUCACCGCGGACAGCGAGCGACUCACCUGGCACGGCAAGGAUCACUCCACGCUGAUACGGAUCGACUGGCCGGAGACGCCCACGCCCACAACCCCCACCACCCCCGCCCCCGCCACACCGCUGUACGACCCGCUGGAGAGUGACUCGGAGCCCAGCGACAAGCACACCAUCACCAUCAAGAACAGCUGCCGGAACUGCGACGAGGAGAAGUGUCUCAAGUGCGAGCUGAAAGCCGCGGACUACGAGAACGUGGCGGCCGCAGACCUUGCAAGCCUGGGCUCCACAGACAUCAGCUACCACAACCUGAACCGCCUGUCCGCCGUCUCCAGCUCCUCCGCCUCGGAGCACACCUCGCACCGCAGGGACGACCUCAUGAAGAUCAUGACGUCCUCUCACGAGAGCUCCUCCGGCUACUCCAACGUGAGCUACAAGCAGGACGAGCCGUGCGACCGCUACGACUUCGCCAGACCCGACUACGUCAACCUGUCCUCCAGCACGUCCAAGAGCUCCCCGGCCAGUCCUCUCAAGAGUCCACUUAAGUCCACCAUCAGCAUAACGUUCCGCUCCCCGGGCAGGGUCCAGACGCCAGACUACGAACCAAUAGGCAACGAAGACACGCCCACCAACGAGCGGGACUCUGUCUACGAGGACGUAGACCUGGAGAAGAGUCUCUCCAUAGUGGAGGAAGCCAGCGUGCCGCAGACCGACGCCAGUCUCCCGACGCAGGAGGCCCGGCAGCCCGGGGACUACGGCCGUCUCGCCUCUGACCUCAUCAUUCUGGACACGCCCACCGACGACCGAGAUCUGUACAGCCAGGUCAAGUUCUUCAAGAAGAGCAUCGAAGAAGUCAACGCCAUGAUACUGGAGACACCGGACAAGGAGGCGGACUACGAGCGCGUGGAAUUUAAGACGAACAACUACAGCUUAGACGAGACCGAGGAAGACGGGCACACGGAAGACGGGGGCGGCUCGGAGAGGGAGAACGGAAACGUGAUCACGACCAGCAACAACCUGAACGUGCGGGAGCUGGCGAACAGGUUCGAGAGUCCCACGGAGCAGAAGGGGGCGUUCACCUUCGACAAAUAUAAGACGGAAGACAAACAUGCCGCGGCCAGGAGGGACGACCACCAGCCCCGGACCACCGCGAGGACCCUCGCCCUCGCCCGGGACACAUACACGCUUACCAAGAACGUCACCGCGAGGUCGCUGGACGAGAACGCGUUCGUCAAAGAGUUCGGAUCAGACAGAGACAGGAGGAAGAGUCUAGAGGUGAAGGACGGACAGAGACAGGCGAGGGGCGUACCCGACCUCAACCUGAACACGGAAGACCUGCAGACCAAGACGGAUACGGCGGAGGACAGGGUGGCGCUGAUACAGGGAGCGGGCAAGGAACACGAGAAGAUGCUGAGCAGGCAGAGAAUAGAGAAGUACAAAGAGGAGAGAAGGAACUUCCUCAGGGAGAAGUACAGCUCCCAGUCCUUCAGGAGCAGCCCGGAACAACUCACCAGGAUCAAGCUGAAGAAGAGCGACCACGAGACCAGGACGGACGAGCCGCACAAGUUCGAGAGGAGGAACACCGUGGACCUGGGACAGAGGAUGAGGUUCACACUCGCCAGGAGCGCCAACGACCUCGACAGUAUCCCCUCCCCCGGCAGCCAGGAAGACAGGUCAGAGAAGAUGUCGCCCUCCUUCAACAUACGCGACAUGACGGCCAUCUUCGAGCAGAAGUCGCAAGGCACCGGCUGAUGACGUCACUGUAGACGAAGACAGAUGUUAAUAUUUGUAUCUCAGCGCUUUACUCCUCUAACGAUUGUUGAACUCUUUAUCCUUGUUAUUAUUUAUUUGCGAAAACAAACCUCUAGCGUCUUAGGGUAUAUAAACGCCGCGUGUGAGACAUCACAAGAACAAAGUAUUAACGAAUGGUUGUACCUUUAUUUAAACACCUCUCUAAUGUUAAGUCUUGUCGUUUUCAUUUUAUUUGUUUUUAUAUUAAACGAGAAAAAUCCAAAAAAUAUGUUGCCAUAAACGUUGUUUGAGUUGCAUUUAAUGUAAGCUGUCGACGCUGCCUGCGGGUCCGAGAGAGAGAGAGAGAAAGAGAUAGAUAGAUAGAUAGAGAGAAAGAGAGAGAGAGAGAUGACCUUCAGAACAUGUUAAUAAAUAACACGAGACAAUAAGUAAUCGAAUAUUCUUGUAACAAUGUAUUGUGAGCCCCGAGCCGUGCCGCUGUCGUUGGUUUGAUCCAAGUGUCGUAGACGGCAAGCGCUCGCUGCGAAGGAGUUGCUGGGACGUUCCCCGCAACAUGACGCCCGACCCGCCUCGACCGUCGCCAGCCAUUACACAAAUAAACGGUAUCACUCUA